AUGGCAGAUGUGAGCAAACUUGUGUUCUCAAUUUUGAAGUUUCUAGAAGACCAGAAGAGAUCUGGCCAACUAGAUGAUGAAGCAGCAGAAAGUCUAGAAGUUGCUGUGCAGUGCCUGGAGCAGGUUUAUAAAUUGAACACAAGUGAAGAGCAGUUUGUGAGAAAGUACUCCAUCCCACAAAAUUUGUUGGAUAUAUUCAACUCGCAUCAGCAUGAGACCGAGUCAGACAUAUCUUCCUUGUCAUUACACGAGGCAUUGGCAGAACAGAAGGAGGAGGCAGAGAGAUUGAAGAGUAAAGGAAAUGAUUUCAUGAAGUCAGAAAAGUAUUCUGAUGCCCUUGAAAGUUACUCUCAGGCAAUAAGACUUGAUGCAAAGAACGCUGUUUAUUUCUGCAACAGAGCUGCUGCUUACAGCAAGUUGAACAAGCACCAGCUGGCAAUAGAAGACUGUAACAGGGCACUGGCCAUUGAUCCUGGCUACAGCAAGGCUUAUGGUCGCAUGGGCAUUGCCUACACUGCCCUAGAAGACCAUGAGAGUGCAUUUGAGUGCUACCGCAAGGCCAUUGAGUUGGACCCAGACAAUCAGAGCUAUCAGAACAACUUAGAGAUAGCAGAACAGAAGCUGAAAGAAGCUGCCUUACAGGCUGGAUUCAAUGUCGGACCAGCUGCAAAUUUGGGCGGUCUAGGUGGUCUCGGCAAUUUAGAUUUUGCCUCGCUGUUCAAUGACCCAAACAUUGUUAAUAUGGCUACAACCAUGAUGUCAAACCCUCAGGUGCAGCAGAUGAUGACAAGCUUCAUGAGUGGUUCCAACCCUCCCACUGGAGGGGGAAUUGCAAAUCUCUUACAGGCGUCACAACAGAUGGCAUCACAGAUGCAGCAAGCCAACCCAGAACUGGUUCAACACCUCAGAGAACAAAUGAGAGGACAGAACCCAUCCAGUGACAACAGCAGUGAUUCAAACCCACCCCAUCAGUAA